UGAUUAUCAAAAUGUACACACGGCUCGUUACAGUUUUAAUAUUUUACUUGAACUUUAAAGAAAUCAAAGCAGAUGAACUGGAAGUUUGUAUGGAUACACUGGGUUGCAUUGAGGGUACAUAUAAACCAGGGAGUGAAGUGCAACAGUAUGAAGCCUUCUUGGGUAUACCUUACGCCAAGCCGCCUAUUGGUGAACUAAGAUUCAGGAGCCCGGUACCAGUUGAGCCGUGGAAAGGUAAACUACUGGCAAAAACGCUGCAAGCAGAUUGUAUACAAAAGAAUUACUUCUUAUCUCCAGCCGUUGUGAGUGGCGAAGAGGACUGUCUGUAUUUGAAUGUCUAUCGUCCCGCACUACGAUCUGCUGACAAACUACCCGUUUUGUUUUAUAUACACGGCGGUGGAUUCUUUACUGGCUCCCCAGGUCUGCUCUUUUAUGGACCUGAAUAUUUUAUGGAUACGAAUGAGACUAUACUGGUAAUACCGGGCUAUCGUUUGGGCCCAUUUGGGUUUCUCAGUACGGGCGAUGAGCAUAUGACCGGGAAUUUCGGAUUGAAGGAUCAGAAUUUAGCGCUCAAAUGGGUCCAAUCUCAUAUUUCCGCUUUCGGUGGUGACCCGUCGCGCGUUACUAUUUUUGGACAUAGCUCUGGCGGUGUAUCAACGCAUUUGCAUAUGCUUAGCUCCGCCUCAAAAGGUUUGUUUCGCAAUGCCAUUUCUAUUAGUGGCCUUGCAAUUUCAGCAUUUGCCAGACCAAUUGAUUCAAAGGCACAAACUAUUAAAAUGGCCGUUGCUGUGGGAAUUACCAACGCUUCAAAAAUGUCUUCAAAAGAACUUGUCGAUGCGCUGCGUAAAAUCGAAUCGACGAAAUUGGUGGAAGCUUGCGAUGCCCUGAAAAUAUGGAAUGUCUAUCCAUUCGUAAAUUUUAGGCCUACAAUCGAAAAAGAAUCAUGGCCGCAACCAUUUUUAACUACUGAUAUCUUCAAAUUGUUCGAUAACAAGCCGCCCAAGACAGUCCCGUGGAUUUCAGCUGUUUUACCAUCGAAAGGCGAAGGUACGGUUUUAGCGCUAAGACUUGCUGCAGAUCCGGCUUUGCAGGCUGAGUUCAAUGAGAAGUUUGAUGAAUUGCUUAAAGUGACAUUAGAGUUUCCUGCUGUAGGAAAACCAGAAAAGGUUAAUGAAGCUUUACAACUUUUAGUGGCAGAGUACAUGGGGGGAGCUCAUGAGUUGAAUAAUGGUACCGUGACUGGUUUCUUAGAGAUUUUUGGCGAUGCUAAUUUUCAUUAUCCAUUCUACAAAACUAUGGUCGCCAAUGUGAACUCUGGUGCUGCAGCGCAAAGUCCUAUUAGACUUCUAACGUUCGAUUACCGUGGACCGUAUUCAUAUUCUACUCUCUUUUCGGGCACUAUGGAUAACUUUGGCACUGCACAUAUUGAUGAUACCCUCUUCCUUUUCCGUGCACCAUUAAUUGCACCGAAAGGAUAUUUAAAAUCGUCGCCUGAGGUUAAAUUAGUUAAGAGUUAUGUGGGCCUGUAUGUGGAGUUUGCCAAAACUGGAAACAUUGAAAUCUUUAAUGAAAUUAACUCCUGCACAAAAGAUACGUUGGCAGCUCAAGGUUUUUGUGAUUAUUUAUCAAUCGUCAAAGAAAAAGACCUUUUCCGGGCAAACAAUACCUGGAAUAUUAAGCGCAUGAAAUUGUGGGAGUCUGUAUACAAACUGGUCUACUGAGAGAGCCAAUGAUUUAAAUAUCCAUAAAAAUGUAUAUAUAAAACAUUAAAUAUCGAUAAAUGUAUGGGAAAAUGGAUGUAUGGAUAAUUAACAUACAGAUUCGCGAUUACCUUUAAUUUCCCUUCAAUAUAUUGAUACCUUCAAAUUUAUAAGCUUUCUCAAUUAUUAUGCAGAAUAACAGAAAAUAAAUCUGUAGAUGCUUUUCAUUUCAAUUCAACCGGGCUAUUCGGGUCAUGUUCUUCGAUUUCGAUGUAACUUAAAUAUGUUGCUCUCUGGUCACAAUAAUGAGACACGUAUUUUUUUAUUUGCCCGAAAAAAAAAUUUUUCAAGAGUUAUCGGCAAUUUUGUUUUUCGGCUCAAUCUCGAUUUUUUUUAAUUAUAUAAGAAAAAAUUUUUUUUUAAAUGCCCAUAACUUAGUCAAAAAUGAACCGAUUUUAAUAAUUCUGGGUUCAAAAUGAUCAUAAUUACUUACACGAGCGACUUCAUGUAGAAAUAAUUGCAAAAAAGUAGUUAAAAAUUUUUUAUUUAGCAAAAAAGAAAAAAAAUUUAAAUUUUUUCGAAAUUCAAUAUUUCAAAAAGUGUAUUUUUUUUCUAUAACUUUUUCCAAAUCAAGAGGACACCUCAAACUUCAAUUAAGCUGAAUGCCCAUUAGCUAAAAUGAGUUCUUUUUGAGUAAUGAAUGUUUGAGUAAAAAACCUGUUUCGCACUUUUUGUUUUUUGCAAAAUAAAGAAUUUUCAACUACUUUUUUGCAACCGUUUCUACAUGAAAUCGCUCUGUAAGUAAUACCGAUCAAGUUAUGAGCAUUUAAAAAAAAAAGUUCUUAUAUUAUUAAAAAAAAAAUCGAUUUUGAGCCGAAAAACAAAAUUGCCGAUAAAGCUUGAAAAAAAAAUUUUUCGGGCGAACAAAAAAAUACGUGUCUCAUUAUUUUGACCAGAGAGCAACAUAUUUGAGUUGCAUCGAAAUCGAAGAACAUGACCCGAAUAGCCCGGUUGAAUUGAAAUGGAAAGCAUCUGUAGUAUAAAAUGUUCGAAACC